CUGUCACUGUCAAAAUCCAAAAUCGAAGAAAAUGGCCGAAGGAAAGCCAUGAAGCUUCCAUUCUUGAUAAAAUAAUUUAGUGCAAAAUGAGUGAAAUAAACAUAAAUAUUGAAGGCUACAAUGUGAACGGUAUAUGUGUGGGGUGUCUAAAUUACAAUAGAAAAAUGUUUUAUAAAGAAGAAGUGAAACAAUGCUACAAAAUAUUGGCAAACAUCGAUGUUCCUGAUGGGCUAUCAAUCCAGGUGUGUUGGGAGUGCCUGUCUCAUGUUCAAGGUGUUUUGAAGUUCAGACACCAAAUUAUCAAAUCUUUUAACAUCCUGAUAGCGUAUUCUGAAAAGCAAUCAUUUCUCAAUUCGCCCACCGAUCUGUCUAGUCACGCCAUCCAACGCCUCUCAGUGAAGACUUUCGAGAUAUUUUCCGAACUACCCCUCAAAUUUGAAACGCCAGUGGAAGAAAUUAAAUAUGAGGUAGAAAAGAUUGAAGAACAAGAGAUUGAAUACCAAAAUGACCCCGACCCUGACCUUCUAACAGAAGUUGAAGUUAAGGAGGAGUUAGACGACACACAGUCUGACAUUGCGCAGUACAGUUUAGAGGACCACUCCCAGGAUCAAAGCCAGCAGAGCUCAGAAGAUGACCUGGUCCUCUCUCAGCUGAAGACAGAAGAUAGCAAGAAGAGAAAGAGAGGCAGAAAGAAGAAGGUCAAAAAGAAAUCUGAUAAGGCAAAAAUAAACAGCAGAAAACUGAAAAACCUUCCAGAAAAUCUAGUUAAACUGUACAAGAUGGAUGAAGAGGAGAUGUGGCGUGUCAGACAGACUGACGCUGCGAGUGAUGCGUUUUUGCGCCUGAAGAACAAGUGUGUGCACUGCCUUAUAGGCUUCAAUACGACCAAGCAGAUGGAAACGCAUAUGAACGGGAAACAUGCUCCGAAAACCGAAAACGACUACCAGUGUGACAUUUGCAAAGCUUAUUUUAUUACUAAGGAUAAUAUUAAAAUGCACAAAAAACUACACCUCAUAGCUUACAGAUGCCGCGAAUGCAAUCUACUGACUACGGUAAAAAAGAUCAUGUUAGCGCACGAGUGCGCAAAGUAUGCCAUUGAAGCAGUCAAUGUUUGUCCCGACUGUCCAGAUAAAACCUUUAGUACAAAAGCCAAGCUACUGUACCAUAGAAGUGUGACACACCAAGAGAAACCCCAAUGUGAUUGCUGUGGGAAGGUUUUUGCCAACAAAAUGACCUUGAAAUACCACCUUAAGAUUCUACCACAGAACAAAGACGACAAGCCAAAAGAGAAGCUGAUGAUUCCUUGCAAGGGAUGUGACAAAGUGUUCUACUCUAAGAAAAGCUAUAGAGCGCACGUAGUGAUCCACGAUGGGCUAAGCUACCCAUGCCCCGUAUGCGGCAAGCUGUUCCAGUGGAAACGGAACCUCGCGCGCCACAUGCGGAACCACAGAGAGAAGGAGCAGGGCGCCACGCAUCAGUGUCGGGAGUGUGGCAAGAGCUUCUCUAGCCGAGACUGUUACAACAACCACAUGAAACUCAGCAAGCGACAUGCGCACGAGAACUCCUAUAUUCACGCUUGUCAGUUCUGCGGGAAAAAGUUCGCGACGCGCUGGUGUAUGCACGACCACAUCGACUGGGAGCAUCUAAAGGUCAUCAAAUACCAGUGUUCCGUAUGCUUCAAGCCUUUCAAAACAGCAAAAAUAAUGGUGGCUCAUAUGAACAAUAUACACGAGGGCAAAAACAAGAGGGAGCCUGACGGAGAGCAUCUGUGCGAGAUCUGUGGCAAAUCUUAUAAGACUGUAAAGCGGCUGAAAGGCCACGUGUGGGCGAUGCACACCAACCGCUCCGAGGCGAAGAGCUUCAAGUGCCCGCUGUGCGCGGCCACCUUCAGCUGGCAGACCAGCAUAUACAAACACAUCAAGAUGAUGCACUACACUAAACGACUAAAGCAGCCACGCGUAACCACGAAGAAGCAGGAGCCCUACCCGGGAAUCGAACUGGCGAACCGAAUGCAGUACUUCCAACAGAACAUAGCUAACAACCUGACACCAAACGUACCACCGCCUAUAGAGAUUGUACAUAACUGAAUGAAAUAUAUAACUUUUUUAUAUGCAA